ACAAUUGUAAAAUAGUGUUUUCUCCAGAUGUGCUAGUCCUAACUGAACUCAACUCAUGCAUUCCAAACGCUAACGAGAGUGGGCCCUGAAGGAGUGUUUUACUGCUACUACAUACAAACUAUGCUGCUGUGACGCAAGGAAAUAUCGAAAGUUGAAAAUGGUCAUUCUCCCCAUUAUCGUUUACAGGAACCUUUGUUCAGAACUUUUAUCAGUACCAAAACCUAUCUUAUGGUUGCACAAAGAUGACACUGAACCAGGACUCACCCUCAGAGUUAACAUUCUAUCUGGGAGAGAGAAGAGUUCAUAUAUUGAUAUAAAGAAAACGAAUACUCAGUUCGGGAGAGGACAAACACUAGCAGCUCUUCAGAAUGGCCUCAUAAAAGAGGCAUUUCAGCUAAGCUCUGAGGAAAGAAGACAAUCCAAGGAGUCAGGAAGAAGGGAAUUCCAGUUAUGGUAGCCUUGUGUCAAUGUCUCUCAUGUUGAAUCUCCUCAGACAGUUCCUGGAAUAUUUUGGCAUCCCCAUAGAACAGUUUACACCAAUAUGGGAAGCUCAUGCAAAUGGUCGAAGUAUUAUUCGAGUUAUAGUGACACGUUUACCUUCAAAUCUUUUUUCAAGAACAGAUUUAUACCAGAUAUGGUCCACUAUUUUACCAGUAUGGGAAAAUAAGGAAUAUGGAUCUACUCGAAGUAUUGUUCGUAGCAUUGGGAAAAUUCUUCCUUUAGAACCUUGUCCAAGACCUAAUUUUGAGCUGUUCCAAUACUUACAUUCCUUAGACUAUGAUCAACAUGCAUCUGCCCUGAGCCCCAUAAUUCCAUCAUUUGCUGAUAUUCUAUGGGUGGCAAAUGAUGAAGAAGCCAGAUAUGCCAAAUUUAGAAAUUGUAUGUGGAAAAAUUAUGAGGACAAAACCGAAUUUUUCAAUCCACUGCCUCCAUCUUUAGUUCCUUUGUCACCUGUUUUAAGAAAAAGAAAGCAAAUAAAUGAUCUUCCUGUUACUGAAGCAGCAAUUAAAAAAAUAGCCGCCCUUGAAGAUGAGUUAACCAUCCUUCGUUCCCAGAUUGCUACCAUUGUUGGAAUGCAAGAAGCAGAAAACAGGUCUUUGGAUUCCUUGAAAUCAUAUGACAUGCCUGGUCAUUUGGCACCAUUGUCAUCAAUGACUUCUUCACCAUCCCCAGAAUGUUUUUCAACUUCAGUGGUUCAUCCUCCCACUCCUCCUCCUCUUCCACCUCCUCCAUUAGUAUCUAAUAUCAGCGAUUCAAGCAAUUCAAGAGAUGGACUUAAAAAAGAACGUCAUAUUGCAAAUAAGACCAAUGCUAGCAAAUGUGCAGGAAACCAGAGAAAUAAAGAUGUUCCCAGCAUGAUGGAUGUUCUGAAGGAUAUGGAUAAAGUCAAGCUGCGUGCUAUUGAACGAUCACCUGGAGGGAGACCUGUUCAUAAGGCGAGAAAACAGAGUUCACAUUGGGAUCCAGUGUCUAUAAUUUCUCAUGCCCUUAAGCAGAAAUUUGCAUUCCAGGAAGAUGAUUCCUUUGAAAAAGAAAAUAGUUCUUGGGAUUCUUCAUUUUCCAGUCCAGAAACUCCAAAGUUUGGACGUCGUAUCUUGCAGCCAAAUGGACAAUGUACCCAAGAAGUUGACGACAAAGUAUCGCAAAGAUGUCAGUGUUAAAAGUUUUACUUCUCUAGUUAAGAGUGAGCCAAACUUGAAGUAAAAUUGCCUCAUAAUGUAUUAAAUAGUGGCAGGACCACUUUUUAAAGCAACUAAAUAAAAUGGGAUACACUGGAAUAUAUUAAUGUGUAACUGUGAAGAUUUUUCCAGCAGUCAAACUUAUGAAUGAGAUGUAUAUAGGUUUUAUUGCAUAUGCAGUUGUAUCUUGAGAACAAAUAUUAGAUGACCUAAUAUUUCUUGUAAUAGAAGUGCUCAAGUGUUGCCAUGAGAGAAACCAUUUUAAGUGUAUAAAUGAAACCUUAGACUGCAGUAUAGUAUAUACCAUUUACUCAACAAGAUGCUAAGAAAUUAGAACUCCUCUUCCAGUUUAAGAAAGCUGCUAUACCACUAUCAUGGAUAUCCUUCCUAAUUUAUUUGAUUAAUUCAGGUAGGUAGCCUUGUGCCUUUUCUUCAAGUGUAGCAAUCUCAGCUGACUUUAAAUUGUCAGUAACCUGGUGGUCUUUAAAGAUUGUAAGAUUUUAAUUUCUUUAUUCAAACAGCUGUAGGUUGACUCACUAAAUGGUUGCACUUUGAGACUUAUAAAAUUGUUCAUGUCAUGUUCUUAUGUUCACAGUUUGGUUUUUUGCCCUUAAGUGUGGUUUUACAGAAAUCCUGCAAGCAUAAAUUUUUAGGGAAUCUUUUGCUUCUUAAACAUUGCAUAAACUUGUUAUGUAAAUGUUAUAUGUAUCAUGAUUUUUUCCCUCUGUUCAUUUUCUAUGCUGAAUUUUUGUAAAUAAGAGUUUGUAAAAUAAAUGUGCCUUCCAUACUUGUACUGGAUAUCCAUUGAUGCAUGUUUAUUUUGUCCUGAAAUAUAUUUUACUAGGAGUUUUGGGGUUUAAGAAUAAAGGAGAAGAAAAACAAUCACUUCCUUUCAUUAGUAGGUAUGCACAUUUCUUUAUAAUUUAAGUACCCUAGAUGGUAUUUAUAAAAUGCCAAGUUUGAGGCCACCACUUGACUGGUUUAUAAAGUAGUCUAGGUAUUCUGAGAGAAAUGAAAACUGUUUAAUUUCUUUAAGCUAUACAAAUGAUAAUUUAUUUCCUUUGUUUUAACUAAAAACAAAAAAAAAUGUUCCUUAAACAUAAGCCUUUAUUAAAACAGUUUUCUUUGA